AUGAGCUGCCGGGACGCGGAACUCGUUCGAUUUCCUAAUCUAUCACGAACAACGCCAUUAUAUGAUUCAGCGUCGAAUACAAUUGAGGAUAAAAUUGUAGAAAGAUGGUCGAACUUAAUUGCAUUGCGUGAUGAAGAACUAAUUCCUGUUGAUAUCGAGGAAAAACAAAGUGUAUUUGAUGUAACUUCGACAUACGAUGGUAGUGGGCAGAGCACGGACACAGAAGAAACAAGUUUUAGCACACUGUCAUCAACUGAUAUUUCUGUGUCAAUUAAUACCAGCACAUCAAUUCCGGUAUCAUUGUCCUCUACCUUAAGCAGCUCUACACCAAGCACAUUGGUCUCCAGCAGCUCUACAGCAAGCACAUCGGUCUCUAGCAGCACUACACCAAGCACAUCGGCUUCACGCACGACAACAGAACCCCCGAUUGAGCUUAAUAGUGAGAAAUGUAACUGGUUAAUAUUCGAUAAAUCUUCAACAUUUCUAUUGCCAAACAUUAUUACUAUUGGCGUUGAAGUACUAGGCAGAGUAAGUGAAGUGACGUUGUUAGGCGUAUAUAUUUCACGCACAAUGAAAUGGUCAUUUCAAAUAGAACAAACUGCUCUCAGAUGCCGUAAAAUGAUGGGUGUCAUUAAUCGUACGUUUCGCUAUGCGCCAUUUAAAUUAAAACGUCAUCUGUAUACUACAUGUGUAAGGCCAGUACUAUACUACUGGCCUGUUGAAGCAUACACUAUAGAGUAUGCUUCAACAGUUUUUGACAGUUCCUAUAAAACACAUUUGGAACCAUUAAAUAAAGUACAACGAGUGGCAUCUCGAAUAAUAUGUGGCGAUUUUACCUCGUCAUCAUCAUCAUCUCGAGUUGCCUGUGAGACACAGUUAGAGCCUUUCGAGUGCCGCAGGAAAAUAGCCAGACCGAAAUACUUCUGGAAAGUUAUGAGAGAAAGGACGGCUCUUGCACGAUUCGGUCUACUCCAACCGAUGACCGAUCGACGUACACUGCGAAAAGGAAAUUCUCGUAUGUUUUCAGUACCCGAAUGUAAAAAGGAUGUUCUCAAGGAAACAUUUUUAGAACAGUAA